CUAGAAAAAACUACAAACGUCAGCAGCGAUGAGGUCACGCGACCAGAAGCCACCGUUGCAUCACAUCCGUGUUUACCACCUGACUGACGAAACAUGGUGAAAUGAAAGUAAAAUCUGACGUGUCCUACUGUUGAUAGCUAAUAUUAGGACUCGGGAACGCUCCUUUUACUCACAACACAGCAUCCAAACCAAGCGAAGGAACCUCAAGCCUGCCAACAGAUAUCAUGGUAAGCGAUUUGAUCCUACAGAGUUAUUGUUUAUGCAGUCUAGUAACUUUACAUUUACAUUUCAAAGUCAUAAUAUAGAUUUUAUGGCACAUAUAGUGCAUUCAUGACAGUUUUUUUUAUAAGGAUAAUAGAUUAUUUAUUUAUAGAAAGCGAUAGAUUCUAAAAGGUUUUUGUGUGUGUAACGUUACCACCAUCCAUGCAUGAUAACGUUACUAGUUUUAUUACCAAAUUAAACAAAACAAUUCUUGUUAUGAUAUAAUACCUGAUUUUUGAAUUCACAUGAAAUACACAACUAACGUUACAUUUAAUUAACGUUAUCGUAUGAAAUAAAAACGAGAGGUUUAGUCUGUGUGUGUUAGCUUUAUGCUAACGGUAUUCCAGAGUAUUUGUCUACAGAUUGCAAAUACACUACAGCCUACACAUUUACAAUUCAGUUGGAGGUAGACGAAAAAUUAAUCCAAUCAGAUGCUCUCAAGAAUGGGAAUGUCCCUCUUCAGUACUACCUGCAAUUGGUUUGUCAGUUUAAGCAGCAGUCUGUCAAGAAAUAUAAACCAUUUUUAUACAGAUAAAACACUGGUUCUCUUUGUUUAAGGAUGUGGUUGUGUAUUUUAGUUGCUAAUAAUCCGCUAUAUGUGUUUCAGAUGCGUAACAGACAUAGGGGAUCCAAUCUCGGCCUGCUCCUGCUGGCCUCUCAGGUUUUCCAGCUGGGAAUCGACAACAUCCCACCUGUCACUCUUGCAACGUUGGGCCUGAACGUCUAUUUGUUUCUGUUUCCUUUCAAACCCCUCCUACAGGCAUGCUUGAGUGUUCGAGAGGCAUACUGGUACAGAGACUGGAGUCGUCUGCUGCUGUCGCCGUUUCAUCAUGCGGAUGACAUGCACUUGUACUUCAACAUGGCCUCGCUCCUUUGGAAGGGCAUCAGACUGGAAAGGAAACUGGGAGGCGCCUGGUUUGCGUACCUGCUCUCGGUCUUCUCUGCGCUCACCGGAUUGGUCUACCUGCUCCUGGAGAUGGGUCUGACACACAUGACAGAAGACUCAUCAUAUAGUUUGCAGUGUGCAGUGGGCUUCUCAGGUGUUCUGUUCGGGCUGAAGGUGGUGAAUAAUCAUUAUCAUCCAGGAGGGACCACAUACAUCCUGGGGCUGCCUGUAGCCAAUCGCUACACCUGCUGGGUAGAGUUGGUCCUUAUCCAUAUCAUGAACCCUGGGACGUCAUUUGUCGGACACCUGGCUGGGAUCCUGGUCGGUCUGCUCUACACAACUGGACCACUAAAGAGCCUCAUGAAAACCUUUGCAGGCUUUGUGACAUCUACUGGGCAAUAUGGAGGGCAACAAACAUACUACAAUUCAUCAGGAUACAGUGGAUAUGGCAGGCCGUAUCCACCAAACUCCCAGUAUGGACAGCAGUCGUUUAAUCGCAGGCACUAUGGCGCCCCCUACAGGCAGCAGAAUGACAUACCGCCCUCUGCACCACCACAGCAUCCAUAUACAGCAGGUCUGUCAGAAGAUGAGCAGUACGAGGCAGCUCUCAGGGCCAGCCUGAAUGACAGAGGUGGUUUUACGCAGGCUAGAUCAUCACAUGACACUUAUGUCCACUCAAACCCAACUCUUGAAGAGAUCCGCCGGCUACGGCUUCAGAGGUUUAACAGCUGAACAAUUGGAGAACGUGACGCAAUGAUAAUACGAACAGAUUUUUCUUUACAUUUAAAAGAAAACAGUAACCGCUCAGAGCUAGCAGAGAAGAUUCCUCCACUGCUGACUAGUUGUGUCAUUGAAUAGCUUUUAUGAUGUCAUCAGGGGGAGGUUUCAAAGGCCGUUCCCUGUAUUUCUAAUUGCAAA